AUGAGUUGGGUAUUGGACUCUGCUUUUUCGAUCCAUAAUACUACUGCCAGUCUUCAGUAUGAUAAAUAUCUUUACGUUGGAAAUGAAGAUUUCGAAAUUCGUGUAUGGAAUACUCAGACUUCAACUUUAUUCAGAAAACUUCCACCAGAUCGGUUGAAACAGUCAGGUCAUACAGGUAAAAUUACUGGUUUUGCGUAUUCCUCCCGCUAUGAUUUACUCUUUUCAUGCGGUUAUGAUGGCUCAAUUAUCACAUGGCACGGUACAACAAUGGUGCAUCGUUACCAGCAUUUCAAGAAUAAAUCAAAACACGUUCAAACACCUUCCCCGAUUUAUUCAAUAUAUUUUAACGAAGAAAACGAAAUUUUAGUAAUUGGUCUUGACGGAGAGAUCGUUACUUUCGAGUUAUCUCCAACAAUUAUGUCACAACUUGUUGCAAAUGGUGAUUCUUGUCCAUUUACUUUACGUCAAACAGCAAGAAUUCACCAUGAUAUUAUUCAUAAAUUAGCCGGCUUCCAAAGGCGUCUCUUUUCAUGCUCAUACGAUCAUACAGUAGCCACAACUCAGCUCAUGGAUCUCACUGUCUCCAAAACUGUUGCGAAAUUGCCAACAACACCUUCAGCUUUAUACGCAGAGAUGUCACAGCAAUCAUUCGUUGUUGGUGACCUUACCGGCUCUAUUAAGACAUACUCAGUUGAAGGCCUCUAUUUAGGCUCUGUCGCUGAAAAUCUCGCUGGAGGAGUUCACUCCAUAUACAUGGAUAACGCUAUGCAGCUUAUUUGGGUUGCUUCGAAAGAUGGAAACAUACACAUCAUAGAUCAGCACCACCAGAACUCCGAUAUCUCUGAAAAUUUCCAGAUGUUCAAAGAUUUACCAGUUGCUGGUUCUUCGAAGGCCAAUUUCGAAGUAAUUCUUGGUGACGGAUUGAACACAAGAGUAACAGCAAUUGUAAACCACAAAUACGUUUAUUCCUGGAAAUGGUCGAAUUCAGCUUACCUUUUCCGAUACAAGAUGCGCGACAAAGGAGUCUCUGCCUUCUCAGGAUUCAUAUUCUCUGACGAUAUGAUACCUUCACCGGUCACAACUAACAAGAAAAGAACAGUUUCGGUACAAACCAUUACCACCAAGCGACCAAACAACUCAAUGGUCGCUUUAGGACUUAAUGUUUUCGUUGGUGGAUCAUCGAUAUUCGCGUUACGUCAAGCUUCUUCUUAUUUAUAUCAAUCUGAUAUAUUAUUAAGCGUUGCGGAUGCUUCCUGCUUCGAAUUCUGCUAUCCAGAAUUAUGUUUAUUAGCAGGAUUCAAGAAUGGUAACUUAAUGAGCAUCUGUUUAUCAGAAAUUCGAAAUAUUACAGCCGUACAUACAGAAAAUGCCAGAAUUUCCAUCAUAUUAGUUCAUAAUUCGAAGGCUAUUACAUUUGCAGGUGAUGAAUUAUCAAUGGCUUAUUGGGAUUGCCAAGAUAAGCUAGAAAAAAUCUUGCAAAGGGAAAGAAUACACGAUAAUCCUAUUACAGCCGCUGUCAUUAUAAAGAAUACAAGCGAAAUGUACACCUGCGAUACAAAAGGCUUCAUGAGACAAUGGCAAGUUUCUAAAAAUGACAUCAAAGAAGUUUUAUUGAUCGACCACUCUCAAUUUGGCUCAAUUUCAUUUUGUGUCCUCUCUCAGAUGGAGGAUAUGAUCAUUUGUUCCUCAUCCGAUGGCUACAUAAGAGGUUGGCACACAUCUAACGUUCUUGGAGCAGCAACCUUUGUUUUCUCUACAUCCCCAUGCUAUGUAACAGCCUUAGCUCCUGCUGCAUUCAAUACAAUCUUGAUUGCUAGCGAUGACAAGACAAUCAGAUUAAUUUCUCUGAAUACUCGUGAAGAAAAAGCAAUUUUCGUUGGCCACAAUGAUUUAAUUGUUGGAAUAUACUCAACGCCACGAAGCGACAGAUGGGUUUCCAUUCAAUGGGAUGGCGAAUUAUUCUUUUGGUCCCAAGUCAAACCAGCAGAGAGCGGAACUGUUUCUUCGACUGUCAGAGAGACAGCAACACCCAUGGUCACUUCGAGAUUGCCGAAACUGUACACAGGAAGGUCUGCAGAACAAAUUGCACAAAACGCUCUCCAACAACAGCAAGCAAUGCUCAGCCAGUCACAGAACAGUGAACAGAUCAUUUCUAUUUACGAAAAGAACAGAAAGGCUUUGUUGCUGAAGAGAAGAGAUCAGGAGAGACAGGCAAGAGCUGAAAGAAGAACUCCUCAGUAUCAUCAAAUUCUGCAGUUGACGAAUAUUGUCCAGAAAGUCAUCAAAGAUUAUGAAACUGAAAAGGCGAAAUCAUCACUCAACUAA